AUGCAAUGUACUAAUACGGCCAAACAGAAGAACGCAAGGCUGGACGAUAUCACUGAGCGCCGUGAUGAUCAGUUUUAUAAAGCCAAGUACAACGAGAGGACUCCUCAUCAUGACUCUGACAGCGCUGCCGAGCGUAUUGUAUGGCGUGGACACAGACAUCCUCAUAUCUACAAGACCAACAGCACACUGAGCCCGAACUUGACCACAGUCACCUCCACUGCCUCAUCGGGUGCUGAGACGUAUCCUACCAUCCCAUUUGUGAACACCACCUCGCUUUCCUCAACAAGCCUAGCCGAUCCUACCGCUAGCGACUGCUCGUUCAGCGUUAUUACUAUCACAACCACUCUUGACUAUGUUCAGACCGUCACAGCUAGCUUCUCAUCCAACUCAUCCGCACCGCCUCCGAAGACCGAGGCCCAUUAUGUCAACACGACAACUUCAUGGUUCAACUGGAACACAUCCGUGACAUCCACUGUGUCCUCUUACCUGACCGGCUCAGCGUAUCCUACCAUCACAGAGGAUCCAUGCCCAUUUGAGAAUGGCACUCAUCAUUAUGCGACUGGCAACGCUACCAUAACUGCCACAAGCUCUACUGCUACUGUGUCAGACCCUCCUUGCGACGAUGAGACCAGCACAUCUGCUGGGGCAUCUGCGUCUCCGACCAUGACCGAACCAUGCGACGAUGAGUCCAGCUCAUCUUCAUCUGCCGCUGCUACUACGACCGAGCCGUGUGAUGAUGAUGCCUCAACAACGACUGCGUCAGCUUCAGCAACGACUGAGCCCUGCGAUGACGACCUGAGUAGCACCUCGAGCGAUCCAGAUGGCACCAGCACGGUCCGAGUGACACUUUCCCAGGUCGUAACUGUUGUUCCUGUCCACGCUGUCACCACCAGUAGCAGCGCCGGCGCAUCUGGACGGGAUGCGGUCACCACCACAUUCACGCCUACGUCGACCACCACGACCUGCGUGAUUGACACCCUCAUUACCCCCGUCACCCAGGCCGUCCUGACGUCGACCGUGACCACCACAGUGACGCCGACCAAGACCGUCUGUGCCACCGAUGCCCCCACUGGAACACCCAAGAAGACGAACAGCCACUGUGGUGUCCACGGCAAGGCUGUUGGCGACUUCUUCAUCGGGCGAUUCGUCGAGAACGCCGCCAACGUGCCGGUCACGCUCAAGGGCUGCUACCAGUUCUGCGAGAGCGUCUGGGGUGACACGCACGGCUGCUUGUCUUUCGACUACUACCUGAACAGCCUCGGCGCGCCCCGCUGCGACCUGUACGGAAGCACUGUGGCCUAUGCGCUCGACGACAUCGACAACAACCAGCCCAACUGGUGGUUCGACCGUGAGUGCGGUGACCCGACGGCCCCUGAGUGGGCUGGCCUCAACAUCGAGGCAUCGCUUAAGGCGGAACUCAAGGCCCUUGGGACGAGCGUCAAGGCUGCUGUCAACGUAGAAAUCGGCAUAUAG